AUGGCUCCCAAGGCUGAGAAGAAGCCAUCCACGGCGGAGAAAAUGCCGCCGAAGGCGGAGAAGAAGAUCUCGAAGGAGGGCGGCGAUGGGAAGAGGAAGAAGAAGGUGAAGAAGAACAGCGAGACGUACAAGAUCUACAUAUUCAAGGUGCUGAAGCAGGUCCACCCGGACAUCGGGAUCUCGAGCAAGGCCAUGGGAAUCAUGAACAGCUUCAUCAACGACAUAUUCGAGAAGCUGGCCGUCCAGUCGUCGCGGCUGGCGCGGUACAAUAAGAAGCCGACGAUAACGUCGCGCGAGAUCCAGACCGCCGUCAGGCUCGUCCUCCCUGGCGAGCUCGCCAAGCACGCCGUUUCCGAGGGAACUAAGGCGGUUACCAAAUUCACGAGCUCUUAG